UUGGAGCGUUCCAGUGAAGAUGUAGACAUUAUAUUCACCCGGCUAAAAGAAGUGAAAGCUUUCGAGAAAUUUCAUCCAAACCUACUCCAGCAAAUAUGUCUCUGUGGCUAUUACGAGAACCUGGAAAAGGGAAUUACAUUAUUCCGUCAAGGUGAUAUUGGAACAAAUUGGUAUGCUGUGCUGGCAGGAUCUUUGGAUGUGAAAGUUUCUGAUACAAGCAACCACCAGGAUGCUGUGACCAUCUGCACCUUGGGAAUAGGGACUGCUUUUGGAGAGUCAAUCUUGGAUAACACCCCUCGCCAUGCAACUAUCGUUACAAGGGAGAAUAGCGAACUGCUUCGAAUUGAGCAGAAAGAUUUCAAGGCGCUGUGGGAGAAAUAUCGUCAAUAUAUGUCAGGACUUCUGGCUCCUCCUUAUGGUGUUAUGGAAACUGGCUCCAACAAUGACAGGAUGCCCGACAAGGAUAAUAUGUCUAGUAGCAGUUUGUGUUCCAUCUCAAAACAUUGCAACAAGACUCCUUUCAUUGAGCAUCACAUCCCUCUUCGACCAGCUAGAACCAUUACAGAGGUUCCAUCAGAAAAAAUCCUGAGAGCUGGAAAGGUAUUAAGGAACGCAAUCAUCUCUCGAGCACCUCACAUGAUAAGAGAUCGCAAAUAUCAUUUGAAGACAUACAGACAAUGCUGUGUUGGAACAGAGCUAGUAGACUGGAUGAUGCAGCAGAGUUCAUGUGUUCAUUUACGGACACAGGCUGUUGGCAUGUGGCAAGUAUUGUUGGAAGAAGGCGUUCUCAACCACGUGGAUCAGGAACAACACUUCCAGGACAAAUACUUAUUUUAUCGAUUUUUGGAUGAUGAACAUGAAGAUGGCUCUAUGCCAACUGAAGAGGAGAAGAAAGAAUGUGAUGAAGAGCUCCAAGACACCCUGCUCCUGCUCUCCCAGAUUGGACCAGAUGCCCAUAUGAGGAUGAUCCUUAGAAAACCGCCAGGCCAGAGAACUGUUGAUGACCUAGAAAUUAUAUAUGAAGAACUUCUUCACAUUAAGGCUUUAUCUCAUCUUUCUACCACAGUAAAACGGGAACUCUCAGGUGUUCUAGUAUUUGAAUCGCAUCCUAAAGCAGGAACUGUCUUAUUUAAUCAAGGAGAAGAAGGAACAUCUUGGUACAUCAUUCUAAAGGGAUCAGUAAAUGUUGUAAUUUAUGGCAAGGGUGUGGUAUGUACCCUCCACGAAGGCGAUGAUUUCGGCAAGUUAGCAUUAGUCAAUGAUGCUCCAAGAGCAGCUUCCAUUGUUCUUCGAGAGGAUAACUGCCAUUUCUUGAGAGUAGACAAGGAAGAUUUUAACAGAAUACUCAGGGAUGUCGAGGCAAACACUGUAAGACUGAAGGAGCACGACCAAGAUGUCUUGGUCCUCGAGAAGGUCCCACCUGGAAACAGGGCUUCGAAUCAGGGCAGCUCACAGCCUCUUCAACACAAGUAUACUGUGAUGUCAGGAACUCCAGAGAAAAUUUUAGAACAUUUCCUGGAAACGUUGCGCCUUGAAUCAAGCGAAGGAACAGAUCCUGGCUUUCAUGAUUUUGUUAUGAUGCACUGCGUGUUCAUGCCGAAUAAUCAGCUUUGUCAGGCUUUGAUGGCUCAUUACCACGCUCAGCCUUCCCAAGGCACCGAGCAAGAAAAAAUGGAUUAUGCCCUAAACAAUAAACGGCGAGUCAUCCGCCUAGUUCUGCAAUGGGCUGCUUUGUAUGGAGAUCUCCUGCAUGAAGAUGAAGCUGCCGUGGCCUUUCUGGAGGAGUUUUAUGUAUCUGUAUCAGAUGAUACGAGGAUGAUUAUAGCACUCAAAGACCAACUCCCAGAGCUGGAAAAAAUUAUGAAACAACUAUCAGAAGAAGUUAAAGCACCUCAGAAAAAGCACAAAGUUCUCCUGCAGCACUUUAAUACGAGCGAUGAAAGGACUCAAAAACGGCAGCCUAUCAGGGGAAGCGAUGAAAUUUUGUUCAAGGUGUAUUGCGUAGAUCACACCUAUACCACUAUCCGGAUUCCCGUGGUGUCUUCUGUUAAAGAAGUCAUCAGUGCAGUGGCUGACAAACUAGGCUCUGGGGAAGGCUUGAUAUUAGUAAAGAUGAGCUCCGGAGGAGAAAAGACGGUGUUCAAACCUAACGAUGUUUCGGUGUUUACAACUCUCAGCGUUAAUGGCCGUCUCUUUGCAUGCCCUCGAGACCAGUUUGACUCACUGACCCCCCUCCAGGAACAGGAAGGCCCCUCGACAGGAACUAUGGGAACAUUUGAACUCAUGAGCUCCAAAGACUUAGCAUACCAAAUGACAGUGUACGAGUGGGAACUCUUCAACUGUGUGCAUGAGUUGGAACUAAUCUACCACACAUUUGGAAGGCACAAUUUUAAAAAGAUGACAGCAAAUUUGGACCUAUUUCUACGAAGGUUUAAUGAAAUCCAGUUCUGGGUGGUCACCGAGAUUUGCUUCUGUUCCCAGCUCAGCAAACGCGUUCAGCUCCUGAAGAAGUUUAUUAAGAUAGCUGCCCACUGCAAGGAAUACAAAAACUUGAAUUCUUUUUUUGCUAUAAUCAUGGGGCUAAGCAAUGUGGCCGUGAGCCGCCUCACCCUGACAUGGGAGAAACUUCCAAGCAAGUUCAAGAAGAUCUAUGCAGAGUUUGAAAGCUUAAUGGAUCCUUCGAGAAACCAUCGGUCCUAUAGACUCGCCGUGGCUAAGCUGGAACCUCCCGUAAUUCCAUUUAUGCCUUUGCUUAUAAAAGACAUGACAUUUACUCAUGACGGGAACAAGACAUUCAUUGACGGUCUCGUAAACUUUGAAAAAAUGCGCAUGAUUUCCAAUACUGUCAGAACAGUUAAAUUCUGCCGGAGCCAGCCUUUCAGCCCUGAUGCAUCUCUGGCAAAUAAGAACCAUCAGGAUGUCCGAAGUUACGUACGGCAAUUAAGUGUGAUUGACAACCAGAGGACUUUGUCGCAGAUGUCGCAUCGCCUAGAACCACGCCGAGCUUAAACGUUUCC